CACUACCAGUCGCAUAGUUUUACUUCCAGGAACAGCACUGUCGGGGGAGUGCACCGCAGCUAUGGACUGACAGCAGCGCAGUUUCACCGACCUUUCUCGCGCAUAUCUGUUUGUAAGUUUUGACCCUGGAGUGUCAUUUUGUGUCUGUUCGGGUGGAGGAGAGUGCAGCAGGAAUAGAGAGACGGAUUUUUCCUGAGACAGACUUUCAGUGAGAUUUACACAAACGAAACAGGGCCGCGAAGAGCAUGUGAUGCCCUCAUCUUCCUUCAUGUGCAAAGCCAAAGAGUGACACGUGGCCAGGUGGUGUUCCCGUAGCAACAUGGACAGCGCAGGAAGCUCGGACAGCGUAAUCAGCACGAACUCUGGCUAUAGUGAAGACAGCAUGGACCACUUAUCUGCAGAGGAGAGGGCGUGUCUCACGUAUCUGGAAGAAACAAUCGAAGCGCUGGAGACGCAGGAGGACAGCGGCGUAUCGAAUGAUGAAUCACAUCAUGAGAGUCUAACAGAAAAAGCAGAUCAGAUGAGAGUAAAUGACAUUUCCACUUUGAUGCCUAAUGGCUCCAAACGCGACCAGAAAUCAUUUCUAAGUGAUGAAGUGCCCACAGCACCACCUGCAUCCACAGCAUUAGCCACAGAAGGAAAAACUCAGCUAAAUCAAAUCUCUGAACCACAAGUCAGUCCUCUAAUCCCUGAAUCUUCUACUGAUACCAGAAUCCACUCAUCAGCUAUACAGACUGAGAUGUCACGCUCAGCCACAAAUGAAGAUGCUGAUCCUGAGAGUGUCAAAAGUACAAUUGUUUGUCCAGGACCAUCUACUGACACCUCUGAGAUUGAUCUGAGUGUAAUUCCACCUCCCUUAAACUUUAGGGAUGAACCUGACUCUCCUUCACAGCCUGUGAACGUAAAAGACCUUACUCCAUCUGUGGGAAUUUCCAGGAAAAAGCCGGGAAUAACCUUUGAUUUGGAGCAGAUUCGUCAGAGGGCCUCUGUCAAGAAAGAUUUGACAAGCCCUGUGACCAAGGUGCCUCAAAUCAAACCUCAGCCUGAGUCUCUCAGUCUGCUCACAAGUUCACAAAUUGUUGCUCCAGCGUCUCCUGAAAGUGCAGAGCCCAAAAGUCCACCUGUUGUGGCCCCAAAGCCUAAAAAGCUGCCCCCCAACAUUAUUCUGAAAUCUCACAAGAUGACUAACUCUGAUGGAAACUCAGCGCAUCCAGUGCUCAACAGCAGUGAACAGCGGCCAUUCUUGGAUCCUCACAAAGUUCGCAUGGAGGCUCUCAGAAAGCUCGGCCUGCUUAAAAGCAGUGAGGAGGAAGAAUCGAUCCCAAACCAGAGCUCUAAACUUCCUCUCAAAACCAGAGUGUCUUGGGCAGCUUCAUCUUCUUCUUCUCCUCCAAUCAGCCCUGCAGCUCCAAAUGAACCACCAUCAUCACAGUCUUAUAACCUUCCCCCUGCCUCUGUUACUGUCCAGCCUUUGAACCCUGGUGCUAUAUUACCAUCAAACACUUCUACUGCUCUUACAGUUCUGGAUCCUGAUAUUCUCCCAGCACCUGCUGAUUUCAGUGACCCCACUGAGCUUUCUCCUUCAGAAAAUCAACCAUCUGCUGUCAAAGAUGCCACUUCUCUUACCUAUUCUGGCCUGGUCAAGCAGCUGACACCGCCAAAGGUCAAAUCAGCCAGCCUCGGGCGCACUGAGGUGGGUAUAAGCAGAUAUACAGCAGGUCAAGACUACGGUGAGGCCAGUCAGGGCACCAGCAUUAAUCAGAACCUCAACCAGCUGCGUAACCAUCGACCGCGCCCCGCCUCUCUUGGGAGUAGGAAGGAGUUCUCAAGUGCUCAAGGAGAGGAUUUGGAGGCAGAGCCUUCCAUUACUAAAGAGCCAGCCUCACAGAAGGCCUUGCCUGCCCACACUGCCUUGCAUCACUCCAGAGACACUCAGAAACUGCCUCGAUCACAAGGUAUCAGCGUGCUGAUCUGCCCUCGUUCAGAAAAUGAAGAGGACCGCCGUGGGGCCCUGAAGAAGCUCGGACUGCUAAGAGAUUGAAUAUGCACCUCAUUUAUCUGUCAGACUACUUUAAGAUGAUGUAUGUUAAGAGACAUACCAGAGUUUUCUACGUGAUUAAUAUGGAAAGUUAAAAAAAAAAAAAAGCUUUCAGGAAGCAGCUUAACCACAUAUUUAUGCAUUUUUAUUUUACUGCAUUGACAAAACUUGGAAUUAAAUGACUGUCGAGGACAUUAUUGAAUGUACUUUUUACCUAUAUUGUACAACCUUAUUUCCAAUGUUUUUUCCCCACAGCACUAGCAGUCAAGGAUAUUUUUAAUAUUCAUUAACUGUCACUGUGAUAUAUGUACUUUUGUAAAGUAAAUGAUGUUGCUUUUAUGAGACAAUAGCGAGUUAUUUAGUCAUUUCAGUUUAUUUUGUGAAGUAUGAUUAGAAACCUUCUUAAUGUCCCUCGCUGUGUGCUUUCAAAGGGUCUCUUUGUACUUCUCCUUUUAGGUACUUCCAUGUGUUGCUGUUGUGUUAUGUAAUUUGAUUUUCACUUCCUACAGUCUGUUAGACUUUUUGUCUGGUUUUGUUUCCUUUUACCAACCGCUGGCUAGUACUCAGAUUUGUGCAUUUACUGUGAACUGCACUGAACCUAUUUGCUUUGUAGAGUUUGUAUCAUAACUAGAAGAUGUUGUUUUUCUUUUUAAAUCAGUGGAUAUGGGGAAGGGAUGUUCGGGAACAUACCUUACCGUAACUCAAAGCACAUAGUCGGUGAGCACUGGGUGAGAAGGAUCUAAAAGGUUUUUUGCAUGGCUGAAUAAUGAUGCAUAAGCUUGUUACAUAGCAGCUACAUGUCUGGAGUUAAUGGGUCGACAAGGUGCAGGCAUUUAUUGCAUCUUUUAUUUAAACCAUAAACUGACUGCUUUCUGAAUGUCA